GUCGACUUGAGGUUCCGGGAGUUUGCGUUCGACAAUCUGGUUGUCUCUAGCGCGCUGGGACAAGGGGCCUCCGACCUGAGCAUGUCCGAUUGCUUGGUCGGCCUGGCUCGACUGGAUCGCGUGAUCCAAUUUAUGUCCCGAACUAUGGCGCAGCGCACUGCCGGACUUAUUGCGCGGGAGUGUGCCAAGGGCAAG